GCAGGGUUGCGCCCCGUUACACGUCACACGCGCUGUCGGCUACAGGGAUGAAGAUACAGGCAAUGUCACACAGCCCUCCUCAUCAUCACGACUAAAAAUUCACCGUAUCAUAGAUACACAGCAUUUGGGGAAAAUAAUAACCGUUUUGCUCUGGUCUCUUUGCUCUAGAAGCUGCUGUCCAGGGUCCUGAACUUCUUCAGCCCAGCUUCACUCUACUACAUGCAAACAGGCAGCUCCUGACACCCAGUUCCAACUCUCUUUACAUCAGUGCACAAAUUUGAACCAUGGAGGAGGGUUACAGAGACCGUUCAGCCUUCAUUAAAGGGGCUAAGGACAUUGCCAAAGAAGUCAAAAGGCAAGCAGGUAAAAAGGUGGGCCGCCACGUGGAUAGGGUGAGCGACGAAUACAGCAAACGCUCUUACACCCGCUUUGAAGAGGAAGACGAUGAUGACGAUUACCCCGUGCAGGCCCAGGACGGCAGCUACUACCGCAGCAACAGCCGGGCCAACGACGACGAAGGGGCUCACAGCGACUCCACAGAGGGCCACGAUGAGGAUGAUGAGAUCUACGAGGGCGAGUACCAGGGCAUCCCCAGAAAUGACUCUGUUGAGAAGGCCGACAGACAGGUGGACGGAGUGGGACAGUCUCAGUUCCAGGACAAGACGCAGUAUGAGGGCGAGAGAAGGAAGGACCAGGAGGAGCUUGCCCAGCAGUAUGAGACCAUCCUCCAGGAAUGUGGCCACGGCCGUUUCCAGUGGACCCUGUACUUUGUGCUGGGUCUGGCCCUCAUGGCUGAUGGCGUGGAGAUCUUCGUGGUGGGAUUCGUACUCCCUAGUGCUGAGAAAGACAUGUGUUUGUCUGAGCCCAACAAAGGGAUGCUGGGUCUAAUUGUGUAUCUGGGUAUGAUGGUGGGUGCCUUUGUGUGGGGAGGUCUGGCUGACAGAAUCGGCCGCAGACAGACCCUUCUUAUCUCUCUCUCCAUCAACAGUGUCUUUGCUUUCUUCUCCUCCUUUGUCCAAGGAUACAGCUCUUUCCUGUUCUGUCGUCUGCUCUCUGGUGUGGGGAUCGGUGGCUCUAUUCCCAUCGUGUUCUCUUAUUACUCUGAGUUUCUGGCUCAAGAGAAGCGUGGGGAGCACUUGAGCUGGCUCUGCAUGUUCUGGAUGAUUGGAGGCAUCUACGCUGCUGCCAUGGCCUGGGCCAUCAUUCCCCACUAUGGCUGGAGUUUCCAGAUGGGCUCAGCCUACCAGUUUCACAGCUGGAGAGUGUUUGUGCUGGUGUGUGCCUUCCCAUCCGUCGCCGCUAUCGCUGCGCUGACCACCAUGCCAGAGAGCCCACGCUUCUACCUGGAGAACGGAAAACAUGAUGAAGCUUGGAUGAUUCUGAAGCAGGUCCAUGACACCAACAUGAGGGCCAAGGGCUAUCCAGAGAGGGUUUUCUCUGUCACCACUAUUAAGACGGUGAAACAGAUGGAUGAGCUGGUUGACAUGGGUGGAGAGGCCACAGCCUGGCAUCAGCGCUGGAGGAUCAAGCUGACCAACCUCUUCCAUCAGGUGUGGAGCAACUUCCUGACAGUGUUUAAUUCAGAGUACCGGAGGGUCACCUACAUGAUGAUGGCCGUGUGGUUUUCCAUGUCCUUCAGCUACUAUGGGCUGACUGUUUGGUUCCCUGACAUGAUCAAAUACCUGCAGAAACAAGAGUACUCCUCUCGCACAAAGGUCUUCAUCAAAGAGAAGGUAGAGCAUGUGACCUUUAACUUCACCCUGGAGAACCAGAUCCACCGGAAUGGAGAGUACUUCAACAACAAGUUCUUGAAUCUGAAGAUGAAGUCUAUGGUAUUUGAGGACUCCCUGUUUGAGGAAUGCUACUUUGAGGAUAUCACGUCAAGCAACACCUUCUUCAGAAACUGCACCUUUAUCUCCACCCUCUUUUACAACACAGACUUGUUCAAGUACCGGCUGAUCAACAGCAAACUCAUCAACAGCACUUUUCUGCAUAACAAAGAGGGCUGUAUGCUGGAUUUCAGUGAUGAGAACAACGCAUACAUGAUCUAUUUCGUCAGCUUUCUCGGCACACUUGCUGUCCUUCCUGGGAACAUCGUGUCUGCCCUGCUCAUGGACAAGAUCGGACGUCUAAGAAUGCUGGCGGGCUCCAGUGUGAUUUCCUGCGUCAGCUGCUUCUUCCUGUCAUUUGGAAACAGUGAAUCUGCUAUGAUCGCCUUGCUCUGUCUAUUUGGGGGCAUCAGCAUUGCGUCGUGGAAUGCCCUGGAUGUGCUUACAGUGGAGCUGUACCCCUCGGACAAGAGAACUACAGCCUUUGGCUUUCUGAACGCCCUCUGUAAGUUAGCUGCAGUUCUGGGCAUCAGCAUCUUCCAGUCGUUCGUGGGCAUCACUAAAGCGGUGCCCAUCCUCUUCGCAUCAGGGGCUUUGGCAGUUGGAAGCUUCUUGGCUCUCAAGCUCCCUGAGACUCGUGGUCAGGUUCUUCAAUAGUGCAGCGUUCCAGCAUACAGGUUGCGGCGUUUGAGUUUGACCCUAUCCCUGAGUGAGCAAAGCUGGAAGCAGUCGACACAAAUCUACCAUUUACAGAUAUCUUCAUUCCUCCAAUAGGUGCAAUCGUAUUAUUAUUUCAUUCAAUUUUAUUUGACUUCAUUCAGAUCUACAUGUACAGAUAUGUUCCCUGCUGAUGUCUCACUGUCUUACAGGAAUAUUGGAAAACCUGUGCGAAUGUGUGUGUGUGUGUGUGUGUGUGUGUGUGUGUAGAAAAUCUGCCAUGUUAAAAACAUUCCAGCUUUGCGUUAUGGACUGAAUGUGAAAUUUAACGUGUUCAUUUUGACUUUCCCUUUAACCUUCAUUCGAGCCAUCACGUGAUAAUUUGAAAAGCAUCACUGAGGACCGGUGAAAUCAGUAGGUAGAUAUAUUUGAAUGGACAGUGUUGGUCUAGUGGUGCUGGUGAUGGUUAAUGUUGUUGCUUUACUCUAGUCUGUUGUGUCCCAAAAAUGUAAAAAGUGUGUGAUGCCGCAAUUGCCUGCAAUAUCGGCUCAAGCACCCCUCACUUUUAAAAUGUUUUAAUGCAUUAACACUGACGUCAAAUUAUUAUAUUAUAGACAGUGGUUCACUCAUUUCUGGUUUUUGGAAUUCAAAUUUGGUUGAUCUUUCAAAAUGUCUGAUUAUUGACGGUGUUGUGCAUGCAAUGAAGCGUGACGAUUCAUAAGAAUAUGCUUGAAGAUAUUGAACAUAACUGAUGAACGUGAUCUGUAUUACGCUUCUCUGCCUUUGAUAAUUUGGACAUUAUGUAAAAUAUGAGAAAAGUGACGUGAUGGGUUGUAUACCAUUAUGUAUGCUACUAUCAUUCUUUGUCCUAGAGUUUGUGUUCCUAUUGAGAUCCAAUUGUGUCUCUUUUGAAUGUGACAAAUGUUACAUUCGCCCCGUUUUCAUAUAAAAAAUUCAUUGAACACAUAAGAAAAAACGAAAGGAAAAAAUAAACAAAUGAAGCACAAUGCGAUUUGAUUAAACUGUCCAAAACAAUAGUGUUAUUUUGAUGAUUAUGUAAAUUAUGUAUUGAAUAUAAAUAUAUACAAAUUUGCUGUAAUUCAAGUCUGUCUGUUUGAACACUUAAACUAUUAUUAAAUAUAUAAACAUAUAUAUAAGAAAAGAUAUUUACAUGUUCAAAUGUUAAACUAGAAUCAACAUAUGUCUUAGAUAGAUUCCAUUUGAUGUAUGUAUAUACGGUUUUUCUGUUCAUUAAGGGAUUUCAUUUUUUAUCAAAGAAAAUAUAUAAAAAAAUGACUGAACAAGUCAAUACACUGAUUUGCAACACACAGUCACCCUCCUUCACGUUUUCUCUUGUGUUCUUGUAAAGAAACAGAGGUAUCCGUCUGUGUGUGGGUGUGUGUGUAAGUAUGGAAGUAUGUGUGCUUGCCUGUGAAAUGUUGAGUGUUCUCUGAAUAUUUAUAUUUAUUUAUAUAACUGUUUAUGAGAGUUUGAUUUUAUAGUAUUUUUUACUUUGAGUAUCUGUAGAAACAGAUGUAGUGCCACAUGCAGGGUGAAUUUUUUGCUGUAUCAUUGUUGACCUGAUGUGCAAUUCUUUGGUGACAUGGUAGCAGUAACUGGAUCUAGCAUAAAAAAAGGAUUUUAAAAAUAAAGCAACAUUUGAUAGGAAGCAAAAA